GCACGCGCGCGCGCCACAGCAAUUCCUCUAACAAGUUAGAACAUGAGCAGAACUCCUGUGACGAUGACGUGAAGACGUGAAGCAACGGACACCAGCUGGAGUUGAUCAUCUCUCUCUCUCUCUGUGUGUGUGUGUGUGUGUGUGUGUGUUGACGUUCGCUCCACCUCCACCGCCUUGAAACUCGUCGCAGCUCCGUUUCUCGAGAGGAAGCGGACUGCGCCCACAGCACACACACACACACACACACACACACAGGCAGGCAACGAUGGCUGAGAACAAGAUGGGUCCAAACUUGCAGGCUGGAGCCGGAUUCCUCGCCAAACGGGUCCAGAAGUCUCUGAAUAGAGCCCAAGAGAAGGUGCUUCAGAAACUUGGCAAAACCAUGGAGACCAAGGAUGAACAGUUUGAACUGUGUUUCCAGAACCUGAACCGGCAGCAGAUCGAUGGAAUCAGGUUGUUCAAGGAUGUAAAAGCAUACCACACAGCAGUGAAGGCUGUGCAUGAGACGUCAAAGCGACUGUCCCAGACGCUGCAAGACAUCUAUGAACCUGAGUGGAAUGGAGCGGAUGACCUCACUGUCAUCACAGAGAGUGAAGACUUGCUGUGGAACGACUACGAGGAGAAACUGAGUGACCAGGUCGUUCGGACGAUGGAGAACUACUCAGGCCAGUUUCCUGAGGUCAAGGAGCGAGUUGCUAAACGUGGUCGAAAGCUGGUGGACUAUGACUCGGCGCGUCACCACCUGGAGGCGCUGCAGAAUGCCAAGAAGAAGGAUGAUGGCAAAAUAGCAAAGGCAGAAGAGGAGUUUAACAAGGCCCAGAACGUCUUUGAAGAAAUCAAUAAUGAGCUGAGGGAGGAGCUGCCUGCUCUCUAUCAGAGCCGCACAGGCUGCUACGUGACGGUGUUCCAGAACAUCUCCAACCUGAGAGACGUCUUCUAUAAGGAGAUGAGCGUGCUGAACCGAGAGCUUUACAAUGUGAUGAAGAAACUGGAGACGCAGCACUCUGGAAAAUCUUUCAUCAUCAAAGGUCUAAACAGCACAUCAGGCAAAUCAAAGAAGAGAAAGUCCCUGGUGAUCUCCAAUCCCAUCCCCUGUAAUACUGCCUUCCCUGCUGACCACGUCUCCAUCUAUUCCUCCACCCAAAACGGAAAUGAAAAAGACGAGGCGCAAACAGAAAUCACACAACCACAGGAGAGCAGCGUCUCAUCACAAUCUGACCUCAGUUCCACUGGCACCAACACACCCAAGAGGCAAUCCGUGUGUGACCAUGAGAACGCCAGUGACGGGAGCACAGGGCGACAAAGUCCUGAUGACGAGCAGGAGGAGGAGGAGGAGGAGGAGGAGGUGCAGGAGGAGGAGGAGGAGGGGGGAGUGGCUGAAGCUGAAGCAGAGGUUGCUGUGAACCAGUCGGAGGACUCUGGGGUUGGAGUCCCAAAGUCAGAGGGUGAGAGUCAGCAAGUGUCCGAUCCCUCUGACUCUGCAGACACUCCUGAGCCGAACACUGGUGGGGAGUCUCCAUCAGUGGAUCCUAAACCCAAACCCCCACCAGUCCCUGCACCUCGCCUCUCCUUCCGCUGCACAGACAGACGCACUCUCCUCCCUGCUGAGCAGCGAGAGACGGAGGAAACAGCACAAUCAAGACCUGACUGCAGUUCUGACCAGCCACCUGGUCUCCUACACGAGGGGGUGGCAGUAGAGAGCCAUGCAGCGUCUGAAGAGGAUCUGCUCCAGUUUGAACAGGGAGACGGUGUCCUGGUGCUCGCUGAAACUCAGGAGGAAGGCAUGGUGAAGGGGAUCAGGGAGGAGAACCUGGACCAGCACUCAGAUGUUGAAAAUCACUGUGAAAAACAGCCUGUUCAAGAAGAGUGAGCCAGUAUUCGUCAUAUUUUGUCUUUCCACCAGACCGUUAUGGUCACACACUCGUGUGUACAAAAACACACACACACAGUGCAGAAGCUGUACUAACAGAUGGUUACUCACAUGCUCUGAUGUUGCAACAGUGAUCAAGAGAUGUUGAAAUGGAUGAUGACAGUUCCAGUAUCUUUGCUCUUUUUGUAUUUCUGUCCUUUUAAUGAAACACUGUGAAUCAUAAAAAAUCUGUUUUAUAAUGAUGCUUUAAUCCUGUAUCAAUUUUCAAUAAAGUUCUGAACAAAAGAAAA